AUGGAAGGAGAGGUAAAACUCAAUAUCCCUGCAGAGAAAGCAUGGGAAAUGUACAGAGACAAUGAGAUCAUUAGCAAAAUAAACCCUGAAAUGCUUACAAGUGCUGAAUUCAUUGAAGGCGACGGUCACCCGGGAAGUCUCAGACUCUUCAAACUCGGUCCUGCUGUGCGCAACUAUGUAAAAGAAUCAGUGGAGAAGAUAGAGAAGGUAGAGAACGGUCGGUCUGUGACCUAUCGCGUCAUUGGAGGUGAACUGCAGAAAAUGUACGAUCCAUACAUUGUCACCUUCUCAUUCCUUCCUGCCCAAGAAAAAGGAAAAGACGAAGAGAUGUGCACUGCAAAAUGGCAAGUUGAGUACGAGACACUGAUCCCAACAACUCCCCCACCAGAGAAAGCAAGAGAUGCUGCUCUAGCAUUUCUCAUGUGGUUUGAUAGGUUUGCUUCAGCCUAA